AUGAUAGCUUGUUUAGGAGAGGCCACUGAAGGGCAGGAAAAUCGUUAUGGUGAUGAAGAAUCUGAAAUUCCUAAUGGCCCUGACACAUCUUCGUUUCGAGCAUUUCUGAUGUCAUUUAUGUCUGCGUCAAGCUCUAGCAAUGAUUCGAUGGAGAUCAUACCUGAGCAGGAUCUGGAUAUGGAAUACCCAACUUUAACACCCGUUGGGAGGGGAAUCAAGGAAAGGAAGGGGUUGCUUAGUAGAGGCAAGCAUUCCAUUGGAAAGAUUAUUAACAAGGCAGGUAGACUUGGUGGUUUCAGACAAAAAUCCGGCCACAUCAUUGAUAAUGAAAUAGCAAAUCAAAUAGAGUCAAUGUCGUCCGGUUUCGCUCUCAAGGUAUCAAAGGGGUCUGCUUCAAAUCAUAAGUUGCCACCUAUGUCUGAACCAUCGAUGCUUUUAUCAGAAAUGAUGCGAAAUGUUCUUUAUCCAUCUCUUCCUGUUCUUGUUCAAGGAAAGAACUGGAUGCUGGUUUACAGUACCUGGAGGCAUGGGGUAUCUCUAUCUACUCUGUACAGAAGGAGCAUGCUUUGCUCUGGUGAUUCACUUCUGAUAAUUGGGGAUAAAAAGGGAGCAGUUUUUGGUGGUUUGGUAGAGGCCCCUUUGCGGCCGAUCAUGCAAAGGAAGUAUCAGGGGAACAAGAAUUGCUUCGUGUUCACCAAUGUAGCUGGUCGCCCUGUUGUAUAUCGUCAAACAGGUGCUAAUAACUAUUUCACGUUUUGCUCCCCUGAGUAUUUGGCAAUGGGAGGUGGUGGUCACUUUGCACUUUAUCUUGGUGAAGACCUCCUGAAUGGUUCAAGUUCCACCUCAGAAACGUUUAACAACCCAUGCCUGGCACUUUCCCAGGACUUUGAAGUUAAACAUGUUGAGUUGUGGGGCUUCGUCAAUGCUUCCAAGUAUGAUGAGAUGCUCACGGUCUGCCGCACCGAGAAACCUGGAAUUUGGAAUUUGUGA